AUGCUUCGUGAGCUGCUCCUGGGACCCUGCCUGGGAGGAAGGUCUUUGUGCAGCCCCAAGGUCCGGGUGGAGUUGCUGCCGCUGUCGGUGACAGUUGUGGGGCCAGUCGUGCCUCUGUGUGUCCUGAUUGCCCUCAGAUACAUGCAUAUUCCUGGUCCUUGGCACAGCCAGGUGUCCGAGGAAAUCCCACGCAGGGGGACGGAAAAGAUACUCCAAUCCCACGCUGCCCCGGGACACAGCCUGGAGCCCAGCACACACGCCUCUGGUCCACCAACAUGGGUCAAGCUUCGAGAGAUGUUGGCGGAGCUCCCCCCGUGGGUGGGCACCACGCCGCGGGGCAGCCAGGACCACUGUCGGUCCCUGGGGGCGCAGAGCCUUGCUGCUCUGGAUGAGGCGGGCUCUGAUGUGCGUCGCUGGGGGUCAGGGGCGAAGAAGGGCCUCCUGCAGGGGCUGGCGUGGUAG